CCAUCAGUUCUCGUUUUGUGAGAGUCGUUUUCUAAGCAACAUGCACCAGUAUUUGCUCUUUGCAUCCUUGGUUGGAUUGGUGACCAGCUAUCCAGGAAUUAUAGAUUCUGGCAGUAACUUCGGAGGUGGUCAAGAAUGGCAGGCUGCCCUAGCUUCUGUUGGAGGCGGAGGAGGAGGUGGACACGAUUACGGAUCUCUAGAUGACGGACAUGGACAUGGAUCAUCUGAUGGUUCUAUUGGUGGAGAUUUUCACCAUGGAGUCAGUGUGGUUAGUACCGGCGGAGGUCGUGAUGGUAAAGGUACCAUAUUCGAUUUAACCAACCAUGGUAAUUCAGGAGAUAGUGGACAUAAUGGAGCCUUUGGUGGUAGUUUCGUUGCUUCUGCUAAAUAUAGCGCGGGUGGUCAUGGAGGUGGAGGAUCUGGUGGUCAUGGAUACGGAGUAUCUGAAGGUACUGGAUUUGCCGAACAUUACAGCGACGUUUUAGGAGCCAGUGAAUCUUCCGGAGGAUAUGGAGGGGGUCACGAGGGUUUAACCGCUCACGGUAGUUUCGGAGGCGGAGAUUCUUUGGGAGGAGGUUACCAUUAA